AUGAUGUCUUAUCUUAAGCAACCACCUUAUGCAGUCAAUGGCCUGAGUCUCACAACCUCGGGCAUGGAUUUGUUGCAUCCGUCCGUCGGUUAUCCCGGGCCUCUGGCUCCGUUCGCAGCCACCCCGCGAAAGCAGCGGCGGGAGCGCACGACCUUCACCCGGGCGCAGCUGGAUGUGCUGGAGGCUCUUUUCGCCAAGACCCGCUACCCCGACAUCUUCAUGCGGGAGGAGGUGGCUCUGAAAAUCAACCUGCCCGAGUCCAGAGUGCAGGUGUGGUUUAAAAACCGCCGAGCCAAGUGCCGGCARCAGCAGCAGCAGCAGCAGAACGGGGGCCAGAACAAGGUGCGGCCGGCUAAAAAGAAGAAUUCGCCAGCCCGGGAAGUGAGUUCGGAGAGCGGGACCAGCGGGCAGUUCACUCCCCCCUCCAGCACCUCGGUCCCCACCAUCUCCAGCAGCAGCGCCCCCGUGUCCAUCUGGAGCCCGGCRUCCAUCUCCCCGCUCUCAGACCCCCUGUCCACCUCUUCCUCCUGCAUGCAGAGAUCCUACCCCAUGACCUACACCCAGGCAUCGGGCUACAGCCAAGGAUAYGCCGGCUCGACCUCCUAUUUCGGAGGGAUGGACUGUGGAUCUUACUUGACCCCUAUGCACCACCAGCUCCCCGGGCCGGGGGCCACCCUGAGUCCCAUGGGUGCCAACGCGGUCACCAGCCACCUCAACCAGUCUCCGGCCUCCCUCUCCACCCAGGGCUAUGGAGCCUCCAGUUUGGGCUUUAACUCCACCACCGAUUGCUUGGAUUAUAAAGACCAAACCGCCUCCUGGAAGUUAAACUUCAAUGCUGACUGCUUGGAUUAUAAGGACCAGACGUCGUCAUGGAAGUUCCAGGUUUUGUGAAGAAACCUUUGUGAUACCGAGAGAAAUCGCCACGAGAACGAACAGGCUGGGCUGAGCGCUCCAGUUUUAGUCAGGUCUUGGUUAAAUUAAAGAGAGAAAAAAAAAAAAAAAUAACUCCACGGACAAAACAAACGAACAAAAAAACCGACAGCGACGAGAGGGGGACAGUGUUUGUGUGAUCCCGUUCGGACUCAUCUCCUGCUCAGACGCUCUGGAAAAGGAAUAAUAAAGAGGAAAARCGGAGGAGGAAGGCCUUAAACGGACAGAUCAUCUAGUGAGCAGAAACCAGACAGACCCAUCUGUGUUCUUUCUAGUUUUAGGCAAUUGUUGGGUUUCUUUGUUUGGAAGAGGUGGGAGAUCGUCCCACCUGCGGGCCAGUUUUAAAAA